AUGUCUAAUUUUUUUUUAAAUAAAAGUAUUUUUGAAGAAACUCAUAAAGAAAAUACACAAUUGCAAACUAAUCUUUCUGGUUUGCAAUUUCAAUAUUUAGAAGAAAAUAAUAAUUUAUCUUUAUUAGAUAAUUUAGAAAAUUUUGAAAUUUUAGAAAAUAAUCCUUUAGAAAAUGAAAUUUGGACUGAAGAAGAAAUUACUAAAUUUAAAAUAUUAUAUCAAAAUACAAAAGAUUUUUUAGAAAAACCUGAUGAUAGUGAUCAAAAAUUAGAAGAAGAAAUUAAUUUAACACAAAAUGAUGAAUUUAAAAAAUUGUUUGAUAAUGGAUGUUGUGAAAAAAAUUGUUUACAACAGUAUGAUUAUUCUGUAGUUUUGUUAAGACAUUUAAAUUUUAAAAAUCUUUCUAAAUCUUUUCAAGAUAUGUUUUUACUAGGUAUAAUUUCUGCUACUAAACGUCCAGAAAUAGUUCGAAAUUCAAAAAAAACUAAGCUUUCAACAGAAUAUACUUUUGAAGGAAAAUCAAUUUGUUUAAAUGCUUUUAAAAUAAUUUAUGAACUUGGAGAUAAAAGAUGGAAAAAUUUAAGAGAACAUUUUAUUAAAAAUGAUAUCAAUUUAAGAAAAGAUUUAAAAACUGGAAAAAUAGGAAAUCGAACAAUAUCAUUUGAAAUUGUACUUAAAAUUAUUACUUUUAUAGCAAAUUAUGCAAAACAAAAUG